GGCCAUUCUUUGAAUCGUAAUUGUGAACAUGGUUCACCACUAGUAAGUCACGUGACCAGCUUGCGUUUUGAGAGCGCAUUCACAGCUGCUUGUAAAUAGAGGCUGUAAAUAUAGCAGAUAAAGAUGAGUUUGGGUGCGCGCGCCACCAAGGGUGGUGCGAAGAAGGACGGGAAACAGGACAAAGGCAAGGCCGCAGAAAAGCCUCAGCCUAAGGAAAAAACAAAACCACAGGCAACCACAGAACAACUUCGUAUGGCAAAUAUGAUCGACUGCAAAAGCGAAGAUCCGUCUGACGUACGAAGAAUGGUUACCGAACUAAUGGAUAUGACUCGACGUACCGAAGAGGAGGUUUGUUCAGCACUACAUGACACCAACAACGACAUGGCCGCCGCUUGCAACCUCCUGUACGAGGAGAGUCAGCGGAUACAGGGCGAAUGGCAGACCAGCGAGAAAAAGAAGAAAAAGCCGGCCGCCGCCGCCGGCAACGGAGACGUGGAGGCGCCGCGGGACGCCGCCCGCAGCCGCUCCGGGCCGCGCACACGACGCGGCGAGGGCGAGGGCGGGGCGGCGCGCGGGCGCGGCGCGGGGCGCGGGCGGGGCGGCGCGCGCGGCGGGCGCGGCGCGGGGCGGGGCGCGCGGCGGGGGGCGCCGGCCCGCGCGCACGCGCCGCGCAACGACGCCGACUGGCCGCACGCGCCCGACACCGGUGGCAACAUCGACUCAUUUCCUACCACAGAAGACUGGGACAAUGAGGAAUGGUCUGGCUCUCUUUCAGACACUAAGGUGUUCACGCCGAGCGUGAACACGCAGAGCGCUGGCAGUGACGCGGACGGCACGGCUGCGCAGCCGCCCGCUACAGAGGACUGGGAGUGUCCUGCCGAGACGAACGGGCCGCGGGAGGCACACAUCCCAACUUACACGUACCACAACACACAGCAGCACAUCCCGCAAUUGAGCGCUAGCAGCGCGCCGCCGCCCAAGAGCGAGCCCGACACCUACCACGCGCAGCACCACCAGCCGAUGGGUAUGUCUGGCAGCCUCAGCGCGGCGCAGUCGCAGUACUUGUCGCAGCUCACGCAGCAGGCGCAGAGGCACGACGCCAGUGUUUACACGAGCAACUACGGCGUGUACGGCGACAUGUCCACACAGCGCAAGACGCAGCGAGUGCGAGUACCGCCGCCAUCUAAGAUCCCGUCGUCGGCGGUGGAGAUGCCGGGCGGGCCGGAGAGCGGCGGCGGCAUGUUCCUGGACGUGCAGUUCGGCGCGCUGGAGUCGGACGCGCUGCACGACGCGCCCGCCGCCAGCCCGCACGCCGCGCCGCCCGCGCCGCCCGCGCCCGCGCCGCCCGCCGCGCCGCCCGCGCCGCCCAAGCAGGUAACACAAGCAGAGACGCAGCCAGUGUCAUCGAGUCAUGAAACGACGACAGAGGCACCGAGCAACAGUUACCCCAACACAAACAGUAUGCUAAGUGAAAGCUUAUCGGUAGCAGAAACGACGCCCGUGAGUCAACCCGUCACGACAGAAUCUGCAGUCACAAACAGUACAUCCCUAGACAAGCUGUCGGCGUCGAUGAAGCAGCUGGGCGUGGCGGGCACGGCGAGCGCGGCGGACACGGCCCCGCCGCAGCCGCACCACCACUACGCGCACCACAGGCCUAAGACGGUGGGUCAGCAAAACGUGUACGCCCAUCAUGCAGUGUCGCAUCACCCGCCCGUGUACGGAGCUAAUGUUUACGCGCAACAGGUGAAUUCCACUAACGCCUCGCUGACGGGCGCGUCCCUGGCGAGUGCGUACCCCUCCAGCGUCACGCUCACACAGUACCAGCCCAUCAUCAACUCGUACCAGCAAACGCCCGCGUCGUCGGCGGUGUCGGGCGUGUCGGCGGCGUACGGCGGCAGCGCGCUGUACACGGCGGCGCCGUACUCCGCGCACCCCGCGCCCUACCACCACCCGCCCAAGCACCACAAGGACGCGCAGCCGCAGUACGACAGCUCGGUGGCGUCCAGCAACAGCCUGACGAGCACGUCCACCACGCAGACGUCCACGGCCAAAGUCACGACGACGACGGUGAGCGGCGCGGUGAACUCGGGCGCCGUGUCGUCGGCGGGCAGCACGGCGGGCGCCACGGGCGUCGGCGCGGGCGCUACGGGCGCGGCCGGCUACGCGGGCGGCGCGCUCUACGGCGGCGCCUACGCCUACGACGAGCAGCUCAUGAGGAGUGGCCUGCCGCAUCACAUGGGUGGAUACUAUGAAGUUGGUUACGGCGCGAGGGAAGGCACGUUCGGAUUAGGAGCUGGCGAGAGGUUCGGCAGAACAGACGCAGCGUCGCCUCAACAGGUCCCUGCCGCGUUACCACCAGGCUAUGCAUACUUCUACCAACCACCACCUACAACGUACCAAUAUGGUGUCUAUCCCACGUACGGCGGUGGUUCGAGCGUAGGUGGUGUAGGUGGAGUGGGAGGAGUCGGUGGGGUGGGAGGAGUUGGAGGAGUGGGUGUGUCCGGCGGUGGUAAAGUGUCGGCGUACUCGCAGCAGCAGCAGCCGCCCUACGACGCGCAAGACUCUUACAAACCUGGUGGCCCCUACACUGGGAGCGCUAGCAAGUCAGCCGCCGGAGCGACCGCGGAGUUGACCAGCGCCAUGUACGGGAAAGCGCAUGUCGCGCUCAACAAGGUCAAUAGCUACGAGAAGGCCGGCUUCCAUAGCGGCACCCCGCCACCCUUCGGCGCCGGCUCGCACCUGUACAUCCCCGCGCCGCCCCACCACCACCCGCACCACCACGCGCCGCAGCAGCACCAGAUGGAUGGUCGGGUGAACAGUAGUCAUAAUAGGCGGGAGAGCGCGUCGGCGGGCCGCUCGGGCGCCGCCAAGCCGGCCGCCAGCAAGCCCACCUACUCGCAGUCCUACUGGGCGCCCAACUAGCUCACCCGGCUCUCAACACACAAGAUAAACACGUGUACAUAGAAGGCGACCGCUCCCCUCCCGACUCACGCACUCCGGACACGCCGGCCGCGCCGGCCGCUCCGGACGCGCCGGACCCGGGACGCGUCGCCGGCGUACGCGCACUGUCACGUGUAACGUGUAAUCAUGUCAUUCGUUGCGUUGUCGUCGCGUGCACACGAGAAACACUUGUUGAUAUAUAUUUGCAGAUUUUAAGCUUCGAAUUACGCGCUCACUCGUAUCCGAUCGCUUCUAGACGAUCAACUCGUCGAGGUGACUCCUGCGGCCUUCCUGCGCGUUUCUAAUGUGUCAAUUUGUAUGGAAAUAUUUAAAAGUAAAAUAAUUGAUAGUGUAUAGUGUCGAUUUGUAAAUGCUCUCCUAAAAUAAAACGUAAAGCGAACGCCGUGGGCGCGUAAUUCCCCGCGGGCUCGUGCGGCGCGAGUGCGAGCGGCGCGGUCGGCGCGACGAGUGUACGCAACCGGCCCUCUUCAUUUUGUUAUGUGCGUGAUAUAUUAUAUAUACAUUAUUACUACAUAAAACAGACAGUACGUGUAUCUAUUAAAACGUGUAACUGAUAUUGUAAAAUAAAAUGAAAGGUAAUUGAAUGAAAAGGUAAUCUAUGUUAAUAAAAUGUUUCUUUUGAAAUUCCUAGUGUAUUUAAGCUUCGGGACGCAGCGUUUUUAGUAAUAACAUUAUGAAAAUACAGCGUUUUAACGCGAGAUUAGGUUAGUUAGCUAUUAUUCGGGUUAUUUUUACGGCGAGCACACACUAUGGGGCCAAUUUGUACGUCUCGUGUUCCUGUCCUCUGCGCUCACAGUGUGUCCGCGCCUUUCGUCCCGCCGCGUUCCGAUGCGCGUCUCAUUUAUGCGUAAGUCCGCUCCGUUAGGUUACAUUUUUUUUUAAAAUAAAUUAACAGUAGUGCUACAUUUAUCUUUAUAUAUAAAAUAUGUAUAUGUAUGUAAGCGUUUGGUGCGCUAUGCGCGCCGAAACUUUUGUAUUUAGUUGUCAUACUUUUUGUAAUUACAUAUUAUUAUUAAAAAAAUAAAUAAAUGGACGUUGUAGUUGGUAAUGUAACAAUCGUAUUAUAAUAGUCGAGGUCUUUUUUAUUGUGAAAGAAUGUCGAGAUGAUCUCGCAGGCAUUUGAAACUAUGAGGGAAUACACAUAUUGGAACAUGA